AUUAUCUACCUAAACCAAAGGAGCGACGGAACCCAUGGAAUAAGCCAGAUCGAAAAGAUCCGGCCGAAAAACUCGAAGGUUUGCUCCUUUGUGUUUUCCUGACCUCUAGAGUUGUAGCGCCGCAAAUGGCUGAGCAGGGCGAUCUCAAUGAGGAAACCCUAUCCAGGGGAACUCCUAAACUCGUCGCGUUGCUCAAAGAGAUGAAAGACGGACUUGAUAACGUGAGGAUCAAAGUGCAAGAUCUGACUCAGAAGGUUAAGCAGAGCCAACUGCCUACUGCAGAAGGAAUGAGCUACCUGGAGGCGAAGCAUUUGCUUCUUCUAAAUUAUUGUCAAUCCAUAGUUUACUAUAUUCUUCGUAAGGCCAAAGGAUUGCCGAUUGAAGGCCAUCCCGUUGUCAGGAGCCUUGUGGAGAUUAGACUGUUUCUUGAGAAGAUUCGUCCAAUUGAUAAAAAGCUUGAUUACCAAAUUCAAAAGCUCACAAGGGCUGCUGCUGGUGGUACUGCUGCAGAGAAAACUUUACAGGAGCAGUCGAAGGUGGAAUCUCAAGAGGAAGAUCCAUUGAGGUACCGCCCAAACCCGGAUUUGCUUGUAAGCAAAACAAGCCAGUCUCAGAAGGAUGUUGGUGGUGUAUACCGGCCACCGAAAUUCGCACCUACAAGCAUGGAUGACGAUAAGAUGUCAAAACAAGAGAAACAGGCCCUAAGGAGGGAUAAAGAAUUGCUGCGGCGGACGAAACAAAGUUCUUACAUGAAAGAGCUUAUGAAUGAGUUUGAAGAUAAACCUGAAGAGGUUAAUAGUGCUCACUCUCCUCUUUUCCCUUCUUGUGAUUAUAUAUUUUCUAUGCUGGAAUCCAGGGAAACUCCUAAACUCGUCGCGUUGCUCAAAGAGAUGAAAGACGGACUUGAUAACGUGAGGAUCAAAGUGCAAGAUCUGACUCAGAAGGUUAAGCAGAGCCAACUGCCUACUGCAGAAGGAAUGAGCUACCUGGAGGCGAAGCAUUUGCUUCUUCUAAAUUAUUGUCAAUCCAUAGUUUACUAUAUUCUUCGUAAGGCCAAAGGAUUGCCGAUUGAAGGCCAUCCCGUUGUCAGGAGCCUUGUGGAGAUUAGACUGUUUCUUGAGAAGAUUCGGCCAAUUGAUAAAAAGCUUGAUUACCAAAUUCAAAAGCUCACAAGGGCUGCUGCUGGUGGUACUGCUGCAGAGAAAACUUUACAGGAGCAGUCGAAGGUGGAAUCUCAAGAGGAAGAUCCAUUGAGGUACCGCCCAAACCCGGAUUUGCUUGUAAGCAAAACAAGCCAGUCUCAGAAGGGAACCUUGUAG